GGAGGAGGAGGAGGACUUGGACGAGGACGAGGAGGAAGAAGAGGAGGAGAAGGAGGAGGAGGAGGGGGAGAUGGAGGACGAUGAGUAUUGAGAAGAGGAGGAGGGCGACAAGGACGGUGAAGAAUGAGAAGAGGAGGAGGAGGAGGAAGAAGAAGAGGAGGAGGAGGAGGAAGAAGAAGAGGAGGAGGAUGACGACGAAGAAGAAGAGGAGGAGGAGGAUGUCGGCGAUGGACGAGGAGGAGGAGGAGUAGGUGGAGGACGGGGAGGAGGAAGAAGAAGAGGAUGAGGAGGAAGAGGAGGACGGCGACGAGGAAGAAGAGGAGGAGCAGGAGGAAGAGGGGGAGGAGGAGGUCGGCGGCGAUGGACGAGGAGGAGAAGGUGGAGGACGAGGAGGAGGAGGAGGAGGAGGAGGAGGGGGAGCAGAAGGAAGUGGAUGGAGAGGAGGAGGAGGAAGAGGAAGAGGUGGAGGGAAAGGAGGAGGACGAGGAGGAGGAUGAGGAGGAGGACGGGGAGGAAGAAGAGGAGGAAAAGGAGGAGGAGGAGGAGAGAGAUGAGAGAGACAUGGAGGAGGGAGGAGGAGGGUACGCACUUGUACGGGGGUUGGAACACGUGUUGGGUCGUGGCCGUUGGCGCGCGAUUUCAGCAAUGUCCAACUCCCACAACGUCCUUGUGGCCUUUCAUGCCCUUGAAGCAGCUAGUUUUGCCAGAUCGUUAGCCCGCGUUGCCAAGUGCGAGAAUGACAUGGUCGCAUACUCCAUCCUUACCCCCCUUAGUGAAUUCCUCAGCGCCCUGCGAGAGUGUUUCGCAGAUGUCACUAGGGGCCUCAGGGCCUCUGACAAUUUGCAAACUGUCCACACAAGACAGUGGAAGAGUGUUAGGGCGUUGAAGGCCACCAUAGAUGAACUCGUCACCGUUCCUGGCCACGGGGUCAUUGAGCCCCUCCAAUUGUUCUACCGCGCUGUGCUCGAGAAGUUGCAUGGGCAUUUCUUUGAUAAAAAGCAACAACCCAACAUGACGUACGAUACGCUGAGUAGAGAGGUUUUUGCCUUUGAGGCUCAGUCCAUGCCAGUCACCACUUUCUGGCAUAAGGACCUCGCCAAAGGGAAAAAGUGGAAAGGCCACACCAUCACCAGUCGGGUCACGGCUAAAGACAAUCUUAUUCUUACAUUAGAUGAGGGUGGUCUAGAAGAGGUUCCGUAUAGCGAGAUUGAGUGGGGCCUCGAUGAGGAGGACAGCGGCACUGGGCAGGGGAGGACCUAUGCUGCUAUCGCGGCCGGAGGGAGGCCACAAGGGAGAGGAAGAGGUGAGGGCCAAAGGGGCCAGACCUCUGGUGACAAAGGGCAAAGCGGGCCGGGGGUUGGCGGCAGGGGAAACCGCCAAGCGGGAGGAAGGGGUCAAGGAGUCAAGAGUAGGCAUGGCAAGAGCCAAGUCAUGGUUAUAGUGGAUAGAUUUAGCAAUGAGGCCUUUGUGCGGAUCGUCUUGCGUAUCGAAUGUGGACUGAAGGCGGAAUGCGAAGAGCUGGGAGCGAGAGUCGAGACGCUGACUAAUGAAAAUAUGACACUGCGGACGGAGCUGACGCGUCUCUACGAGGAGUGCAAGAAACUUGCUGCAGACAACGCCUCGCUGAAGGACGAGUUGCGGUACUUGCGGGACGAUCGGUCCCGCAGUGAGAAUGGGAAAGGGGAACUACAACAGCAACAACAGCAACAGGCAACUCGCGGGAACGCUAGCGGAGAAAUGUGGAAAAAGACUCUCCUUCUCCGGAAAGUGGCAGCUAUGUCAGAUAACGCCAAUUGCGCGGCUAUGGCUUCCUCCGCAGACAGAGGAGCAGAUGGGUCGAUUGGGAGGGGGGGGGGGGUUGAUGGGGCAGGGGUUGCAUCCUCCAGCCCUGGAGCAGGAGGGAUGGAGAGAGGCGGGAGCGGAAGGAGGGGAUCGAGAAGCCCUAUCCGCAACGGUUCAAAUCAUCGUCAUCACGGAAAUGGCACGGGAAGCCGCAGGUCAGGAGGCCAAGGAACGGGAUCUGCCGGCAAAUCAUACGAUGAAGACGGGGACGGUUAUAAUGACAGGAGCGGGAAAUCGCCGAGAGGGUCUACUCUUGGUCUCAAUUUCAGGACAGGACGAGAGACGGUUGCCGCAGGCUGACUUUUCCGUCCUUUUGGCUUUCAUCUCUUUGACUUUGGUCUUUUUGACUUGCAUCCCUUUGACUUGCGUCCCUUUCCGUGCUUGACAGUUGGUAAGCAGUUUGGAGACGCAGGAUGGCUUUGUGUCUCGUAGUGAAGUGAGUGGGCGGUUGAGCGAGCGUGUAGACAUUGUCGUCCACGUCCACUUGUCGAGUUGGUUGUUUGUUCGUUUGCUCCACCUGCGGCCCCUUCACCGUUGUUGCCCGUCAACUGUGGGGCUUGGAACCAUGGGCCAGGUGCCAGUUAGAGUCCCACCCGCCUUGGGCCGUUAACCGCUAUCGGUCAUUAACCUGUUUGUGGGCUCGAACCAGUCUGUGAACUUGUGGGUGUAGUAAAUAUUGUUGUUGUUG